AGGGGCACUUUGGUCACAAAAGACUAUGACAUCUUCGUAAAUCGGCGCCGUCUAUCCCUUAGUUUGAAAAAAAUCGGUCGCUUCUCACCGUCGAUCGUUUUUUUUUUUUUGGUUGGUUUUGGGGGAGAGGAGGUGGUUGCACGGCAGUGAGGUGCGAAGCGAAUUUCAGAUCGCCGACAACCGGAAUUAGGGUUUGCGAGAAGGGGAAAGAUCUCUAUGCCGAGGGAAGUAGAGAACCUUCUCGGAUCGUUUAGAUCCGAUUUCCUGCGCUUCGAUCUAUUGGCCAGUUCACGUCGUGGCGGUUCUCGCUUCUUCCGCUAAUCGCUCGAGGAUUUUCUCUCUCUGACGCUGAAUUCAGCGAUUGAGCUCCAUAGGUUUCAGAGUGGUUGGUUCUAGGUUUCCAUAGUAGUACGAUGGAAGCUGGCUAUGGUGUUGAACUGAAGGUCGAUAAUGGGACUUGGGAGAAAGCUCCAGAGGUCAACAGAUUCGGUUCAAAUGUAAACAAGGAUAACAAAGUUAUUGAAAAUGGUUCCAAUGCUGUGCAAGCCAAUGGUGUCCUGAUUGAAGAUCCAUUAAACGAAGAUGAUCUUCAGACAUCUGGAGCAGGGAAUGAAGCCUCUGAGGCUAUUUUGGAAAACAAAGUCUCGAAUCUUUCAAAGGAAACCGGAUCUGAUGGAGAUAAUCGAUUGAAGAGUGUCAAGGUGCAGAAGGAUCGAGAUGGUCAGAAUGGUGCCCAGGUCAAAUCACAAAACAAAAAACCUAGCCUUUCACAGGGUCUUUCAUUCCCUGCCAGAGGUACUCUUGCCAGCAGUCUGAGGAAGAGUACCACUUCUGGGAAGCAGGGGAAAGCAGAUGUAAAAGGCUUGGGCUCAAAUGGAUCAGAAGAUCCACCCUCAAUUACCAAUGGUGAGCUUCCUGCUAAGCAAUCCAACUCAGCUGCCGCAUGCAGUACUCGGCCAUCAUUGCAAGUGAAAUAUGGCUCAGUGGAUGCAACCAUCAAUGGUACUUCUUCUGAAGCCAUGAAAAUUAGUGCAACUUCUUGUGCAAUGGCCCAACAAAAGAGCACUAGUUCUGGUUUUAACUUCAGGUUGGAUGAGCGUGCCAAGAAACGCAAGGAGUUUUUCUUGAAGUUAGAAGAGAAGAUCCAGCAAAAGGAAUUGGAAAAGACUAACUUGCAGGCAAGAUCUAAGGAAAACCAGGAGGCUGAGAUCAGACAACUGAGGAAAAAGCUUGACUUUUAAAGCCACACCAAUGCCAAGCUUCUAUCAAGAACCCGGUCCUCCAAAAGUUGAACUAAAGAAGGUAGUGGCGUAAUUAUUCUUUUUACCCUUCACGUUCAAUUAUGCAUGCAUGAGAAGGUGCAUUUCCUAUCUACAUCUUAAAUUUUAGCAUCCUACUGAUGACGUUGUGAUAGCUGGGAAGUGUAUUGUGGCAUUUCUUUUUAUAGUACUCUUUGAAAUAAGUCUUGAGCUUUCUUGUAUUUGCAUUACGGCAAUCGUAAUUUGGUGGAUACCUUCUAUUCUUGUUUUAGAUUAAGAGUUUGGUAAUACCUCCUCAUCUUUUUAAGAUUGCUGAAACAAAUCUACUAGUCCAUUUUUGUUGCAUCCAAUAUGUUUGCAACUUUGUAUAGCAUUUGUACCUGUUUAGUUGUCAAGAGAAAUGUGUGUUACAAGAAUAAGUGAUAUAGGGGCAUCACAUAGCAAUCACACAUGAUUUCACGGGUUUCUUGACAGUGUGAUAUUCUGGUGCAGAGAGUGCUGAUUAAUGCGCUAUUUCUAGUGAAACUAAUGACUAAGUAUUUAACAGAACAAUGGAAAGAAACCUUAGGUGGCAGUCUGAUUGAUUUAUCAUAAAUAAACUUGAUUGUCGGUCGGAAAGGCAUACAUUCUAGGACUUCAAA